AUGGCUGACUCGGACACCAUGGAGGUUUUAAUCCCUUCUUACCUAACACAUUCUCCAUCCCAUACUCCCGACGUCACUGUCGUUCUCAAGUCUCCCGGUUCUGAUCACCAGGUCGUCCUUCCAGGUCUAGCACCAGAUUCUCGUGGUUAUGUUCAUAUACAAGUCGAGUGCUUGUUCAAUCUUCCCGGCCCUCCCACCGAGUGUCCAAAACUCGAACCAGCCUCGGAAGGAUUUUCGUUUGCAGGGAUGUUCUCAUGGGCAACCGAAGGGUUGAGAAACAGACUCUUCGUGUUUGGCAACACUAGCCGGUCUCCUGUCCGCAGCCUGAGAAAGCCGUAUGAACCAUGCACAACAACGCCACAGCCACGAUGCCUCGGUCCUCAUGGUGGCCCUGUGAUUUACGCAAACAACCGUACUGGCUUCUUCUCAGCAUCUCCUCCUCCAGUCCAAGACCCGCCACGAACUCAACCAUCGAUAAAAGAUGUGGCGGCACCUACCUCACUCUCCUCCUCGGCCGCCGCCGCCAGCUCGAUUCCCUUCAUUUAUCGUGACGGGAGUGUAUUCGUACCACGUCAUGAUGAUCCAUCACUGGAAGACCAUGAACGCCGCCACGAGCUCGAAAACAUACUGCAUCCUCUGCUUCCCCCAACCACGCCGGAGAAAGCCACCACCACGCGAGAAUCGGCUUGGUUGGAGUCCCGGCAUGCGUCGUCGUCGGAACUGAGGGAUGAUGUCGUAGCAAACGUCGCACUGGGACCAACACAACUACAACCACAACCGGCAUUGGCAUCAACAUCAGCACCUGUAACCCUUCCCCCUGAUCCCGCUCCCGUCCAGGCUCCGACGACACCAGUUGAACUUGUUGCGGGCCCAUCGUCACCUUUGACGCGAAAGAGGUCGGACGAGGAGGAUGCAGAGGAGGAGGAGGAGGAGGAAGAAAGACCGAGGACCAGGAGGCGAACUCAGUAG